AUGCCGUCUCUCGAAUUGCAGCCGUCGUCGUCUCGGCCCGUAAACCAAGUCGAGGAGAAUCCAGGUUCCAAGGCCGACAUUGAUCUUGUCGAGAGCGCAGGGGCUGGCCGGGCGGCCACCUACGAGGAGUCUGUGGCAGCUCGUCUUCCCAAGGCUCAUCGUGACUAUCUGCUCGAACGCCAUGGCACAUUGGAGCUCGACCCUAUUCCCAGCAUGGGGCCUGCCGACCCUUACAACUGGCCUGAAUGGAAGAAAAUGGUCAAUUUGAUCCUGGUGGCAUUCCAUGCCUGCAUGGCCACCUUCACCGCCGCUGGUAUCAUUCCCGCCUAUGCUAACAUCGCAGAGGACCUCGGUGUCACCAUGCAACAGGCCAGUUACUUGACUUCGCUGCAAAUUGCCAUCCUGGGUGGUGCACCCCUUUUCUGGAAGCCCCUGUCAAACCGGUUUGGCCGUCGGCCCAUCUUCUUGCUGUCGUUGAUCCUCAGUCUGGUGUGUAACAUUGGCUGUGCGAAGAGCACGACCUAUGCAUCCAUAGCGGCAUGCCGUGCCUUGGUGGCUUUCUUCAUCUCACCUGCCUCGGCCAUUGGUAGCGCCAUCGUGAUGGAGACUACCUUCAAGAAGGACCGCGCCCGCUACAUGGGUGUGUGGACUCUGAUGGUCACCCUGGGAGUCCCGAUCGGUCCGUUCAUCUUCGGCUUCGUCACAUACCGGUUGAACUAUACCUGGAUCUAUUGGAUUCUGGCCAUGAUCAACGGUGGCCAGUUCAUCUUGUAUCUGUUUUUCGGACCCGAGACUCGUUGGGUUGGCAGUGGUGUCGAUCGCGAGGUGGCCACCUGGAAGACUGAAUACAUGUCUCUCCGCCGCAUCGAUCCCACUCCUCUGACCUGGUACGAGUUUGUGCGCCCGUUGACCAUGGUCCGCAAUCCAUCCAUCGUCAUCCCUGCCUGCGCAUACGCUAUGUGCUUCCUGUGGGGUAACAUUCUUGCUACCGUCGAGGUUCCCCAGCUGCUGCAGGAGAAAUUUGACCUUAACGCCGAACAGCUGGGCCUGCAAUUCCUGGGUCCCAUCAUUGGUUCUCUCAUCGGUGAGCAGAUGGGUGGUGCGCUGUCCGACUAUUGGAUGAAGCAGCGAGGGCGACGUAUGAACCGUAAGCCCGAUCCCGAGUUCCGGCUGUGGCUGAGCUACUUUGGCUUCGCCUUGAUCAUCAUCGGUAUCGUUGUCUUCUUGGUGUGCACUCAGGAGUCACCUUCCGGCCACUGGAACGUGUCCCCCAUCAUUGGUACUGCUAUUGGCGCCGUUGGAAAUCAGCUUGUGACCACCGUCAUGAUCACCUAUGCCGUAGACUGCUUCCCUCAAGAGGCCGCCAGCGUGGGUGUGUUUAUCACCUUUGUUCGCCAGAUUUGGGGAUUCAUCGGUCCUUUCUGGUUCUCGCCCAUGUUCGAGACUGUCGGUGUCGCACGCAGUUCCGCAAUUGGCUGUGCCUUGGUCUUUGCCGUCAGCGUUGUGCCAACCGCCAUCCUGCAGUGGCGUGGUGCCUUGUGGCGUCGCAACGCAGAGGACAAGGAGUAA